AUGGAGAGUAACAAUAAAGAUAAUAUUAAAAAUAAUCUUGAUAAACUUUUUUCAACAGAUUUCAUAACUACAAAUAAAGAUGGAUGGAAUGAGACUGAGAUAUUUUUGAAAGAAUUUGUUGAAAUACUUUUAUCAUACAUUAAAGAGGAAAAUGAUAGAUCAUCAAAAGUUAUUGACUUUCAUCAUCCUGAAGAUAUGUUAAAAUUAAUAGAUCUUCAUAUACCUGAAAAAGGAAUGUCUUUAGAUAAAUUACUUCAAAGUUGUAAAGAUGUAUUAAAACUUUGUGUGAGAACAGGACAUCCACGAUUUUUUAAUCAAAAUUUUAGUGGUUUAGAUAUAAUUUGUAUGGCUGGUGAAUGGGCUACUGCUACAACAAAUACAAGUAUGUAUACAUAUGAAAUUGCUCCAAUUUUUAGUUUAAUGGAAAAAGAAAUUAUGAGAAAAAUGAUAGAUUUAGUAGGAUGGGGUUCUAAUGAAGGUGAAGGUAUUUUUACACCUGGUGGUACAAUGGCCAAUCUUUAUGGUUUAGUUUGUGCUAGACAUAAUGCAUUUCCAAAUUGUAAACAAUUUGGUUUAUAUUCUCUUCCAAAAUUAUGUUGUUUUACCAGUAAGUAUUCACAUUAUUCUGCAAAAGCUGCUUCAGCAAUGAUUGGUAUUGGUAUGGAAAAUUGUUUUGAGAUAAUGGCAGACAAGACUGGAAGAAUGAUACCAGAAGCUUUAGAGGAAAAAAUAAUUGAAUGUAAAAAUAAUGGUAUGUAUCCAUUUUUUGUUACUGCUACAGCUGGAACAACAGUAUAUGGUGCUUUUGAUCCUAUAGAUAAAAUAGCAGAUAUAUGUGAAAAAUAUAAUAUUUGGUUACAUGUAGAUGCUGCUUGGGGUGGUGGUUUAUUAUUGUCUCCAGAAUAUAGAUGGAAAUUAAAAGGUAUUGAAAGAGCCAAAUCUGUUACCUGGAAUCCACAUAAAUUAAUGGGAUCAUUACUUCAAUGUUCGGCAUUUCUAAUUAAACAACAAGGUUUAUUACUUCAAACUAAUCAAAUGUCAGCAAAUUAUCUUUAUCAACAAGAUAAACCAUAUGAUGUAAGUUAUGAUACGGGUGAUCGAUCUUUUCAAUGUGGUAGAAGAAAUGAUGUUUUAAAACUUUGGUUAAUGUGGAGAUCAAAAGGUAUGGAAGGAUAUCGUAUUCAGAUUAACAGACUUAUGGAUUUAGCCAAAUACUUUACGAAUAAGAUAAAAAAAACAGAAGGUUAUGAAAUGGUAGUUGAUGAUCCACAAUUUUUAAACAUAUGUUUUUGGUAUAUACCUAAAAAUCUUCGUAACAUACCUCAACAAGAAAAAAUGGAAAAAUUAGGAAAAAUUGCACCAAAAAUAAAAGGAAAAAUGAUGGAAAGAGGAACAACAAUGGUUGGUUAUCAACCAGACACUAACAAACCAAAUUUCUUUCGUCUUAUUAUUACCAACCCAGCUACUACUAAAGAAGAUUUGAAUUUUUUAAUUCAAGAAAUUAUUGAUAUUGCGAAUGACAUAUAA